AAUCCCAAAGCAAAUAAGAUCAAAAGGUUAGGAGAAGGAAGAAACCCUCCCUUCUACAAACCCUAGAUUUGAAGAUGUCAACCGAGACUUGUCUUCCACCGAACAGUGAGAUGGUACCAUCGUCUCAUGCCAAGUGUACAACGAUCCUUCGCGUGGCCCAUGCCUUAUAUCGCACCGAUCCUCGGAUUGCUUACCUAUGUGUUCAUGGUGCGCUUGCGGAGUCAAAGAAGAUUGACCCCUUGGCAGUCUUAAGUGAGGUUGCAAUCUUUAACAUGUCCCUUAGGUUCUGGAUCCAAAGGAAUGAUGAAACAAGUGAACAAGGGAAAUUUCAGCCUCAUACCGAUUUACCUCCUUUGAAAAGUUUCUAUCUAGACUAUUACGAGAAAAACGUCAUGGAUGUGAUCAAGAUCAUUGGCAACCAGUAUACAGUUUUGAAAGAAAUUGAGUCAAGUGCAUGGACUGCUGCUAACCGUGCCAUCAAUGCUGCCAUUCCCGCCCGUGAAGAUUAUAGUUUCAUCCAACAUGCAUGUAAAACAGCUGGUGUUCUCUUCAGAGUCUUGGAGCUUCUUUCCAAAGAUGUACAACUUCCUUCUGAGUUUUUGGAAGCCGACACUGAUGUGAAACAACUAGCUAAAAUCUUUAGGCCUUACAACCUUUUUCCCCUCUAUAUUGGUGGAGAAUAUUCGAUGAAGAGACUACCUGAGUUACAAGCUGCGAUAACCGCACUAUCUUUCCCAUGGUGCACUAUCUUGCCCAUGCGGUUUGAUGCUAACCCCAGCCCAGCCCGAGGCCGCGAAGACCUGCCUGCGAAAAGCCCUAUACUAGAACACAAGACCUCGGGUAUGCCUGCAGGGUUUGGGAUCAGUCCACGAGAGACCGUUGUUAGCACUUCAGCAGUUCCCCGCGUAGACGAUUGGUUCUUUCCUGCCACAGGAAGAUUCAUCAUCAUCAUUCUGAAGAUGGAUUCAAAUGUUAUAUUUUCUCAAAAUGUCAUCAACGGGUUCGCGCCGGUGCUAACUUACGCAGCCUGCGAAUGGUUCCUCAUAUUUCUCAUGUUCAUCGAUGCUCUUCUCUCGUACCUUCUCGUCUGGUUUGCCCGUUACUGCAGAUUGCAGAUGCCAUGUUUCCUCUGUUCCAAGCUUCUUCAUCCUCUACAUUGGAGAUUUUUGCUCUGCAGAAACCACAGAUCAGAGGUCUCAUCUUUCAUGUCAUGUCAGAAUCACGGCAACAACCUUGCUGAUUGUCGAGGCAUGUGUGAUGAUUGUCUCUUGUCGUUUACCAAAAUGUCCGGUCCGAAUCCAGAUAUGAAUAGAUUGCUUCUUGGUAAAUUAGGGUAUGAUCUGCUCUCUAGAAGCCAUUUUGCUCACCCUAGAUCCUGUUCUUGUUGUAAUAAACCGUGGAGGACGAGGCACCAUACACAGAGACUGAUUCGGUUAGGCUCUCGGGGAAGAAACUCUGCCGGUAAACCCAACAUUCCUGCUCCACGGCAUCUUAGCCGUCGAGGAAGCGGUGGAAGUUUGAAGAAGAUGAGAGAUCAUAUGGCAACAAGUGGUUCUGAGUAUGUUGAAGUUGGAAGCCGCAGCGACGGUAUGGCUCAUGUGGGUUACACAGAGCUGAAGAUUCACUCGGAUUCUGAGUCCGAGUUCCUGUUUUCAGAUGAUGAUGCAUUCCUCCAAAUAACUGACUUCAAUGUUGAGCCAAAUGAGAAACGUGCGCACAAGUCUCGAAGGCGGAAAUCGUUUGAACACAAGAAGAUGCCGAAUCAUAAACAGCCUGACUUGCAAGCCAACCAGGAUAAGAACAUUUAUGUAGAAGAUAAAGAAACCGUCGAAUCUAUAAUGCCUGAGCAUAAUCUUGAAAACAGGACUCGGCAGAAACAACCUGUUAAGGCAAAGGAGCAUCAUGAUGUACUCUCUGAGCUGAUAACUAUGAGUGAAGCUCGUCCGUUUUUACUGGGUUCACCUCGAAAGUAUGAUGCAGGAGCAGUGGCACAAAAUGAAAAUGAAGCUGAGGUAAGUGGCAACUCAUCCCCUUCUGGCGGAGAAUUUUUGAGUCCUUCUGGAGAAAACGGUGCCUCUCGGGAAAUCCGAAAUCAUGAGCAUGAUGAUCCCUCAGAUUUUGCUCAAAACAUCCCCAGUUCAGUUAUGGAGAUAGAAGAAUUUGAGGCAGCUAUGGAGCAAAAAGAGUCUAAUCACAUGGAUGUGCCUGUGUCUGGUUCUGUUGCAAAUGAACCGUCUAGUGAUGAGGAGAAUGGAGUUGAAGGAGACUCCAAGCCUUUGAUAUCGAAUACUAUGUCAGAUUCUCUGGAACAGGAACAGUCAGGUGAGGAAGAAAGCGAGGUUAAUGAAAACAAUGUGGCAGAAGAAUACUUCAGUAAUGAAGAAGAAGAUGAGGUCAAUGGACAUACCGAGCCCUUGACAUCAAAUAAUGAGUCUGGUUCAUUUGCUGAAGAACGAUCCAGUGAGGAAGAAGAUGGAAGUAAUAUCUAUUCGGCUGCAAAAGACCAUUCCAGUAACGGAGAGGAUGUUGAUAAUGAAGAAUCGGAGCCAAUGACAUCAAACAAUGUGACUGGUGUUGUCACAGAAGAACACUCGGAUAAAGAAGAGCAUGGAGAUCAUGAAGAGACUGAGCCUUUGACGUCACUAAACAUUUCCAAUGAAGAAUCUUCAUUAGAACACAGUGAUAAAGAUUCCUCAAAGGUAACAGAGACUCGUAAUACUUCUAAUGGAUCACCGGAACUAAAGCACUCUGCUUCUGUAGAAUCUUUUGUAAGCAUCAGCAGUGACAUCGAGGGCGAAAGUCUUGUUGAAGUAUUAAAGCUACAACUAGAGCAUGGAAGGAAAUCCCUAAGAGAUUUGAAUAAAGAAUUAGAGGAAGAAAGAAAUGCCUCAGCCAUUGCUACAAAUCAAGCAAUGGCGAUGAUCACGCGGUUGCAGGAGGAGAAAGCAGCUCUUCAUAUGGAAGCUUUACAAUACCUGAGAAUGAUGGAUGAGCAAGCAGAGCACGACAUGGAUGCACUUGAGAGAGCAAACGAUGUCUUGGCUGAUAGGGAAAAGGAGAUACAAGAUCUUGAGAUGGAGUUAGAAUAUUAUAGAGUAAAAUAUCCAGAUGAGCCAAGAGAAGAAAUUCUUGCUAGCAUGGGGAUUCUCGGUAAUAUAGAAGAAACAAGUGUCACCUCACCAACUGAUGAGACCAGCAAUAAGGCUUCAACAGACACCAAACUUACCGGUUCUCCAUCAGCGGAAAAUUAAGAAAGAAUACACAUUUCAGAAACGACAUCAAAAUUACUAGAGGAAGAAUUCCCAAGAGUGCUCCCCAAGGCCUGAGAGAACUUUUAGUACUGAUGGUCACAUGAGACCAUACAGAAUAAUCUGCAGAGGCAUAAAGAUACUGUACCAGCAUUCAUUGCAGAAGCAUUGGUGAAGAAAGCAAUUCCCAACAU